UUGAGUCGAGAUUGUCGAUGUAGGGGGAAGGGUGUUGUCAGCGGGGUGGUUUUCCUGCCCCCGUAAGCGGCGCCUCGGCCAUCCUCCCCGUGGGAUUGCGCCUCCUAUAUAACCUGAGGAUUUCGUUUUACCGAACACCACUCGACUAAGAGGUUCAAUCCAGUGUACAGCAGCAUGAUCCUCUUCACCAAGCAUUUCUCUGUCUGUACGAGCAUUGCUCUCCUCGUCACCUGCGUCACGGCCGAAUACGACACCAGGGAAACCGAAUUAAAUGGCGGCCGAUUGCCGGAAGAGAACAGCAUGUGCUCGGGAACCAGCUGCGCAAAGCGAAGUCCCCUGAACGGUGCUGCUGGCUCAAUGUGGUUCGGGCCGCGUCUCGGCCGCAGGCGAAGAUCCGACGAGAGGCUGGAGAUGGAUCCGGAGGAGACGAACGCCAUAGCCGACGUGAUAAACGGUGCGCCCUGGGCCUUGGUUUCCAUCCCAGGAGGAAAACGUCACGCUCUGCAGGUCUUCACACCGAGAUUGGGAAGGGAAUUGGGCGAGAAUUACGGGUUCAAUUCGCUGGUCGGCGACCAGGACGGGAAUCAGGACGACAUGGAGCAGCGUUCUCCACCUUUCGCGCCGCGUCUUGGACGCCGUCUUCCUUUCGCACCUUCGCCGCGUCUCGGUCGCGAGCUUCGAGCACUUUUCCAGAAGGUCUAGGUCCGUCGACACGUCCAGGGAUUCCUGCAUUCGCCCACUUCCGUUGUUACAUAAAUUUACAUUGAUUGAUAUAAUUACGAUAAUUAAAUGGUAUAUUACACGAUUAUACUGUAUAUUAGCCGUAUUAAGUACCUGUAUGACAACCUCUACGAUGUAUAAUUAAACGCGAUAUUGCAAUAGAAAAUUGAAAGAAAGAAAAGACAGAAGAAAAAAAAAAAACAACCAUUUUACACACUUCACAAACGAAAUAUAAAUACGUCCGUACAGAACGUGACUU